AUGGAGGGCGAUAAGAUUAACAAAAAACGAAUUGUUAUGAUAGGAAUUGUUGGUGGUGGGGUGGUUAUAGUGAGUGCUCUCUUGUAUUAUAUCUACUCCCGGUGGUUUAGUCGGUCGAUGGAAGCAGUAGCUAUGCCUGUUCGGUCGCAACGGGUUAGAGGUAAAGGUAGAUCUGCUUCCAGAAGGUACGCUGGUUUUAAUCAAGAUCCGGCUCUAACUAACCCAAUACCAACUCGGCCGCCAUCACAAUACCCACCUGGACCUUAUUCAACCCCUGCCUCAUUUGAACCUAAACCAGCUCCUGCCUCAUUUGAACCUAUCCCAACUCCUGUUUCUUUCAAACCUAUCCCAACUCCUGCUUCAUUCAAACCCAACCCAACUCCUGCCCCGGUUGAACUCAAUCCCUCACCGGCUCCAUCUGAACGUAGCUUGUCUCCGAAUCCAUCUGAACGUAGCUUGUCUCCGAAUCCAUCUGAACGUAGUUUGUCUCCGGACCAGAUGAUAUCCCUACGAACUCCGCCAAUUUACUUCUUGAAACCACGGAAACUAGUCAUACCGAACCGCUCGCCAAUUACGGUUAAACAGAUUAGGAAGAGACUGGAUCCUCAAUAUUAUGAUUUGUUUGACUCCUAUCUUGUUCCUUAUAUGUUCAAUAACAAUGUCGAUCGGGCACCUUGUACUACUUCUUUAAUGAAUGGUGCUGUUAAAGGCCUUUAUAAUAUCUUCUCGGCAAUUGACUUUGACGCACUCCGCUCGCACUCGGAACGGUCUACUUGGAUAAUUUGGUACUAUAUAUCACAAAUUAGUAGUCCACUGACUCGUCUUAAACUGGCUACUUGUUCGAGUGCUACGCUUAAGCUCUUGGCGGCGGAAGAACAUGCCCAUAAUGCCUUGACCAAAGGAGAUCGUACUCCAACUAAAACUUGGGAUCUGGUCUUCAAGCAGUUUAUAGCUAAUGGCCGACGUACUUUCUUGCUUAGCCCAGUGACUAGACCACCUGCUCUUAAUGUGGUCCUACACAGGUAUUAUAGAUCAAUCUACAGAUCACACACCUUUAAAACAUCACUAGAGGCUCAGGAUCGCCUAGAUAGUCUUCUUCUGGUUGAAAAGCUCUCUGACUGGCUUGAGAUCUUGACUAACUUCGUGCAUAUUACCAAUGAGACACUACAGACAAUAUAUACUACUUGGAAUGGAAUUACCAUUUAUUCGGAAAAGCCAGUAGACCGCGACACACCUUUGGUCGAAAAUCCCCUUUUACAAGCUGCUCCAGACAUUAGUAAGUCAUUGGUUAGUAUAAUUAACGAGUGCCUUAUGUUCGCUAAUCACUUCAACCAUGUAAUGUCCACCUUUUCCAAAUCAACCCCAAAUGAUAACACACAAUCCUCUGCUAUGCCGUCUAACAGCACUAAGAUCGAGCCGCAUGCAUCUGCCAUUCACGUGGAUAUGCCUCUUGCUGAAAUAGAGAAUAUUCUUGUGUCCGUCAUAACUGAAUACGACCAAAAUCUCCAGCCAUAUUAUUUGAACUCCUAA